AUGUCUUAUAGAGAAUUACGUAAUUUUUGUGAAAUGAUGAGAGCUUUAGGCUACUCAAGAUUGAUAUCGAUGGAGAACUUUCGUAAGCCUAAUUUUGAGUUAGUAGCAGAUAUCUUGUACUGGUUAGCAACUCGCGUCGAUCCAUAGGCAGAUAUUCCAGAGUAGAUUGAUGAAGAGAGACAUAGAGUUGAGUUUAUUAAAGCAAUAGCAACGCUCUUUGCAUCUAAGAUUAGGAUAAAGCUGAAUACUAGAAAACUGUAUCAAGCAGAUGGACAUGCUGUUCAAGAAAUAAUUAAAGUUGCCACCGUUUUAUACAAAGCAUAUAAUUCAUCACCUGGAGAUGAGGAAGAAAAUGCUGGCUUUACCCUUCCAAGCAAGCUUUCUAACAUAAAAGCUCAUAGAGCAAUAGCAAACGAUAUUACUGAAAUUGCUCAGAAAUUAUUUGAUUCACUGAACAAAGAAAAUGAUUUGUAAUAACAUAGAGAUAAGGCUCUUUAGUUUUUGGACAAUAUAUCAAGAAACCUUGAAUCUAAUAGUGAAUAAGCCUAUAUAGAAUAAUGCGUUCGUGAAAUUAUAAAGUAAUAGGACUAAGGUAUAAUAGAUAUGCAGAAUUAUGUAAGCAACUUGGAAAAAGAGCAAAAAAAUAUCGAAGAUAAAACUAAAAAGCUAACCAUAGAGCUUCAAAAGCAGCAAACUCUUUUGUAUAAUCUCAAGGUUAUGAAACCUGCCUACAUGGAGGAAUACAUAAGACUUGAGUAUGAAUUGGAAAAGCUUUACUAGAUUUACAUUGAGAAAUUCAGAAAUUUAGACUAUUUAGAAAAUGAACUUGACCAAUACAAUUUGAUUGAAAAGAAGAAAUAGGAUGAAAAAAAUAGAAGAUUAGAAAUUAAUAAGGCAAAGUCUACUGCAGCUUAUACUAAAAAGUUAAUAGGAGACGAUUUAGAUGACUCUAUCUUAGAUGGAGCAGGUAAUGCAGGAGGCAAGAAGGGAGAAAGAAAAGUUGAUUCCAGAGAUGGAAAUUCAAAAGGUAAUUCAAAUGCAUCUAGAGGCCGUGAGUAAAUGAAAUUUGGAGGAAAAGGAAUGUAAAAUGCUGUUGAAGAAGAAGAAGAAUCAAUUGAAGGUGAUGAUGGUGAAGGUGAAAGUGAAGGUGAUCUUGAAGAAGACUCUCAAGGAGGAGAUGGUGAAGGAUCAGAUGAUGAUAAUUUUUGA